UUCCUCCUUUGUAAGUAUCAAUCAAAAACCAAUAAAAGUUACCAUUUUCUUGACGACAAUUCCAGUGCUUAAAUAUGCAAUUGGAUUCUCCGCACAUCUUCAUCUCCAAUUUAAAUUUUCUUCCCCAAGAUGACAAAACCCCACUUCUCCAAAACAAUAAAAUUCAAGCGGAAACCAUAAAUUUCAUAACCAAAGCCAGCUUGUAUUCAUUCCAAACCACCAAUUUACAAGAAAGUGACAGAAUCUAGGCAUGUUACAACAUGUUCUAAAACCUCUCCGCCCACGAAGUUUCGCUAUAUAGUCACCAACAUCGUCAUUUCUUUCAUUCAAAAUUUCGCCUGAAGUUGAAAACAUCAAAAUGUCGCUGCCACCGAACCUGCAACCAGACGAUGCUAGCCCGCCUUGGUUGAACAAAGGCGACAACGCAUGGCAACUGACGGCUGCAACUCUUGUGGGUAUGCAGAGCGUGCCGGGGCUGGUCAUUUUAUACGGCAGCAUAGUGAAAAAGAAAUGGGCAGUGAACUCGGCCUUUAUGGCGCUCUACGCUUUUGCAGCGGUGCUGAUUUGUUGGGUUGGAUGGGGAUAUCAGAUGUCAUUCGGAAAAAAAAAUAUUCGUUUUAUGGGAAGGCCUGAUGUUUCCUUGAACGAGGAGUUUCUUCUGGACCGGGCGUUUAUGGGCUACUUGCCGAAUGCAACUAUGAUUUAUUUCCAAUUUGUGUUUGCUGCAAUUACUUUGAUCCUCAUCGCCGGGGCCUUGAUUGGGCGAAUGAACUUUCAUGCUUGGAUGCUAUUUGUGCCACUUUGGGUCACAUUUUCUUACACAAUUGGUGCUUAUAGUAUUUGGUACCCGGAUGGCUGGUUGGCGAAGAAAGGAAUUAUUGAUUAUUCAGGAGGUUAUGUGAUUCAUUUGUCUUCUGGUGUUGCUGGAUUCACUGCAGCUUUCUGGGUUGGACCAAGGACCAGCAAGGAUAGGGAAAGGUUUCCACCAAAUAAUAUUCUUCUGAUGUUGGCCGGAGCAGGUCUACUGUGGAUGGGGUGGACAGGAUUCAAUGGUGGUGAUCCUUACAGUGUCAGCACAGAUGCAUCUUUGGCCGUUCUUAACACCCAUGUUUGCACUGCCACCAGCUUGCUCACUUGGCUAUUCCUCGACAUCCUUUUUUUUGGAAAGCCCUCUGUCAUUGGCGCCACACAGGGCAUGAUCACAGGCUUGGUAUGCAUCACCCCUGCUGCAGGAGUUGUACAAGGAUGGGCAGCCAUCUUAAUGGGAGUUCUGUCAGGCAGUAUUCCAUGGUACACAAUGAUGGUACUUCACAAGAAAAUCUGGCUGUUGAAGCAAGUAGAUGACACCAUGGCAGUGUUUCACACCCACGCGGUCGCUGGCAGCCUUGGGGGGAUCCUCACCGGCUUCUUCGCCAACCCAAAACUAUGUCGCUUAUUCUAUUCGGUAACGGAUUGGCAACAUUACAUAGGUCUAUUUUAUGGUCUUGAAAGCAGGCGUACAAAGGCAGGGUUCAAACAACUGGGCAUACAAUUGCUAGGAAUUGUGUUUAUAAUUGGUGUGAAUGUGGUGGUUACAAGUUUGAUAUGUUUGUUGAUUAGGAUGCUGGUUCCAUUGAGAUUGAGUGAUGAAGAAUUACAGAUUGGAGAUGAUGCAAUCCAUGGAGAGGAAGCUUAUGCAUUGUGGGGAGAUGGGGAGAAAUAUGAGUCAAGGCUUAACUCAAUUUAUGGAGCUGAAGAUUUCCCUGCUGGGCCUAAAGGUGAGGUUCAAAUGGCUUGAAUUGUAAAGCAAAAUUUAGUUAAGGAUUUGGUUGCCUUUUCAAGUGUUCUGUUAUGGACUGGUGCAUCUAUUUCUUCUCUCUUUUUACCGCUUUUUGCUAUACCUUCAUACUCAAAAGGGGGUUUUAUUGACUUUAAUGUCUGUACUCUUUCACUUAAAUAAAAAAACACACGCCUUGCUUCA